AUGCGUUGGUGGCUGGGGAUUGUCACGCUUCAAUGUCUGACGGUGAUCGCCUUCUCGUUUACGCAGAAUCUUUGCGCGGGUCCACCACCAGAAACUUCGGAGGCUCUGGAAGAGAAAUUCGUGCUCGACAAAGAGUUGAAGAAUUUUCAGGCUAACGUGAUUGUUACCGAUUGGACUGGCACAAAGAAGUUGUCAAUGGUGAAAGAAGCUCACAAAGACGGUGUUCAGGUUUUAUACAGAAAGGAUACAUCAGAAGAAGUCUUGUUUACGGCUGUUCUUGGGCGACAAGUCACCUAUAAGUUUACAGAUGGCUCGUGUUCAAACAAUACGGGAACGACACUCUUCACACUUCCGGAUGAGUUCCUCAAGUUCUUGUCGGCGGGCGCCCCUAUUACAAAUCUUGUCAACUUGACGAAAUUCGUCUUCGAGAAAAGCAAUGAAAAAAAAGGAUUUCGGAGUAAUGAGACAGUUGUUGAGAGCGGAGUCGAGGGAGUUGAAUGGUACUCUUGCACAAACACCACCGGCACCGCUGGAAUUCAACUUCGUGUUGUGUAUGCUGGCAAGGAUUCAAUCUCACCGUUCAGCGCAAAGUCAAAUCCAGUUCCGUUGUCGAUUCGAAUCACUCAGUUUGACAAAAUUUUAGACGCUAAAUCACCAAAAUCAAAUGACAUCUCAUUCACUUUCACGUCGUUCACUGAGCCGGAUAUGCAAUAUGAGUUGUUCCAGCUUCCCGAUGGCGUCUUCUGCAAUGGACUUGAUCCAGUGAAACCGUCGGAUUUCUUGCCAAAUGCAUUGCCAACUCAGUUUACGACUCACGUUGGCUAUCAUGAUUUGGUGAAGCAGACGAUCGCUCCCCGUCAAUAUUUCUAUGAUGAUAUCUACGUUGGCGCAUCAGGGAGCAAUGUUGAUGAAAUCAAACUGAUGAUGGGCUUUGAUACCGCCCUCGCUCUGCCUAAAAACUGCACAACGAUAUUACAUGACUUCUUGCUUGGAUAUCAAAUGUGUUUUUCAAAUGCUGGUGAGUGUUUGGCAAUCACUGAAUUCUCAAAAGGUGCUCUGGAUGUUGGUGACCAAGGACGAAGCCCCGCUUAUCAGCUAUUCCUUCCACCAAAAACUCUAACUUGGUCUCAAUACAACAACGUGACAACAAAUGAUGGAAAUCUUACAAUUUAUCGAGCAUCUGAUGAUGACGGGAAUAAAGUGUAUGAGAUUCGACUGAAGAAUGCGAAGGACCUGUAUCAAGUGAUCAAUUAUCAAAAGGAGAUGAAUCUUUGGAAACCGACGGCUUCAUAUGGUCCCUUUUUGACAACAAAGCCAGCAACUUGGAUGGAAGAAUGGAUGAGAAACUGCUACCCAUCAAAAUCUCAAGACACUUUUUCUAUCGCUUUUGAUUACGAGUUUUCUUCAAUUAAUGUGCCCGAGGUUUUCAUCAAAGCGUUGAGGACGAGAAUUGUGUCAAAUUUCACGAUCAGUAGUCCACGAAUCAAGAUAUCUUUGAUACCAUCUACUAAUCAAAAGUUGCUCGCUGUCUUAACAUUUGCCGAACCAAGCUCGGCGCCAAGAACUGCAUUUCCAUCAGGGAUAAAUGAAACUGCGACUGCGGAUGUUGUCAAGCGCUUGAAUGAUACGAUCAAUGGCGGUAGCUUCAUCUUUGAUAUCAUUGCAGAUGAUGGAAAGGCAUCGUCAUGGACAGCACCAAAAAACUCGUUCACCACGUACCCUCCACCAAAUCCCGAUCAAAAGCCUUCAUUCUAUGGAUACACGGGUGGAGCGAUGUUUGUCCUUGGAAUCUUCACGUUCAUGUUCGGUGUGGGCCUCGGUGUUGGCGGUCUCUUCUUUGCGACGCGUCGUCAACGCAUUUCUACAUUCGCGUAUCAAGUCUUUGAAUUAGGACACGAAAAUGUUUUGCAAGAA